AUGAAGCCUGUUACAUUUCUCGUGGCUCUGACUACCGUCGCAGUCGUUCUCUCCACCGUCAGUGCUAGUCCCUACGGUGGGUGGCAGCCGAUAGAGAACAUACAUAACUAUCGCAUCCAGGAGAUUGCUAAGUUUGCGGUAGUAAUGCACAACUUGGAAAACAAUUUCAAACAUCCGUUGAGACUCGUAAGCAUUCGGAGGGGCCUUGUCCAGGUGGUGGAUGGCAUGAACUAUAAGCUCGACGUGAUGGUGGCUGAGGGCAACAGUCUCGACUCCAGGGGCAGUAUGUACCGAACGGAAGUUCACGUGAGGCGUGGUGCGAUGGAGCUCAUUUUUUUCACACGUAUAGUUAAAGGGUUAAAUUAA